AUGAGAACUGAAUCUCUAGUGAAGAGGCCAAGACCUACUGUUGUCUGUGUACCAUGCAGGUUGGGUAAGAGAAGAUGUGACAGAUUACGACCUUCUUGCACCCGAUGCAUCAAAAGUUCACUCAAUUGUUUUUAUGAGGGAGGCAUCGAAACGUCUGGAGACAUCGUCUCGGCAGUUGUCUCGGAGACGUCCCUAUCACCAUACAACGUUGGAAAAGAAAAUUGUGGUCUUGACGCUAAGUGUCCAACAGCUACUAUGAUCUCCGAACUAUGCCAUGAAGCUCUUCAUAUCCCAUUAUUAUUAUGGAAUCCUGAUGAAAUGUUCGUGGUAGCAGGCCCCACCCAAUUUUUAGGUCAACCCUUUAGUGCACAUAGUUUUGCACAGCGUGAUACUUUCAUGAGAGUAUUCUGUAGCUCAAUUCAUGGAAUGACUCUUCUUGAUCUCAGUCGUCACCUUAAUGACUACUCUUCUUUAGACACUUCUCAGACGAUACUGACCCCUCUUCCCUUCAUAGAGAAAGCAAUUGUAAAGCUGAUAGAAAUUGGAAGCGCAAAUCGAAUCGAGGCCCCACUAGUGAGCCCAUUUUCCAAUGCAUGUUCAGCAGACGAAGAAGGCUUGGCAAUAGUUUUUCGAAGUCUUGUUCCAGAAAUUGAAGAUUUAUUGGGGCCGAAGAAGGACUGUGAUCAACUGUUAAGAAACUUCUACCAAAACAUUUUUCCUUUUUACCCUUUUAUGGACGUAUGCGCCUUCGAGAUGGAAAUUAAAGGCUUUUUGAUUGACGAUAAUACAACUAGAUAUAGGAUGAACACUAGCGCCAGGGACAUACGAAAAAGGAUAGAAACCUUGUCCUUGUUACUUAUUGUACUAGCGAUGUCCAUGAGGCAGUCAGGACUUGAUCCAAAAUUACUUCUUGCAAUUAGGAAAAAUACACACGAAAAGGCGCAACGGUUAUCACUCCUGUCGCAUAGAUUGCUUUGUCUUCUAGACGUCUCUCGGUACCCCAAUGAAAUGACUUUCACUUGUCUUCUCUAUUUCGUUAUUGCAGAACAUUUGAAUCCAGAUGAUAGAGAUACCGUAAUGAUGCACACAAAACUUUUAAGCAUAAAGCAUGUCACAGAUUUGGCAACCACUCUAGGACUUCAACACGAUCCUUCGAAAUUUGAUCGAGUCAAAGAUCCUCAAAUUAUUAGACGUAAGCGCUUAUUAUGGCUGGGAGUCCAGUCUCUGAGAUAUCAGCUUUCGCUGACAGAAGGUGUGUGGGAUUAUGAAAACAAUUGGUUUCUGAAGAGCUAUGAAUCUUCUUUAAAUACAGUUAAUGGAUGGGAUGAUGACACUGCAGACUGCAUGGGAGAAUUUACAAGAAGCUUCAGAACAAUUUUUCAAGAUAAAUACGAAUUUCAUAAGUUACUUUCUACACUCAUGUCCAAAUGUGCUCCAAUUCAUGGUCGUCCAAAACUUUCGAGUAUUUUAGAGGGUCUUCUUAGGGUCGAGGAAUUUUUGUCACAGGUUUUUCCAAUCAAAUCAAUGACUAACUUGUCAAACUGUGGGUCUCUGAAUUUUGCUAGGGGGUCAAUUCUCGACAUCGACAAAAUCAAAAAUUUUGAAAUAUUAUUAGCUAACAUUAUAGGCCGUACUUCAACGCUUAAUGUUUGGGAUACACUUUCGAUUCACUUCGAGAAAAAAUGUAAAUCUGAUUGGGAAGAGAAUGUACCUGCCUACCAUUGCUUCACUCUAAGGGCAUUUGAUGAUUAUUUGCAACUGGCGACUAUCAUCUCUGAGUACUUUAGUAGUAGACCUGACAGGAAGAUUGCGGUAGAAUAUGGAUAUGCUAUAGAAAAAGAAAUUUGCUUUGCCAUUAUGAGACUUUGCUCAUUCCAAACUAGAAUCCUUUUGAGACUCUCCUUCAAAAGCGAGGCAGUCAAAGCUCGUGGAGAAGAUGAAAUCAAUAUAAUACAAAAGUUAACAAGGUAUAUUAGAAACCAGCUAGCUCAAAUGAUUGAUUUCGUAAGCGGAAGAUUUGAGGAAUCCUAUUUAUGCACUUUUCAAGUUGCGUUGCUGCUUAAAUAUAUAGCCUAUGCAACGGACGCUGAUAGCUUAGUUUCGGUUACGAAGAUUUUUUGGGAACAGGCUUCGGCUAGCGGGAAAGUUCCCAAGCAUAUUGAAGAGAAGAUUAGCGUUAAAUGGGGAGUAGCUUCAAGCAAUUGGAACGUUAUAGAGAGAGAGUUACGAAGCCCGUACGCAUUACAAAGCUUCAAUAAGGAGCUCUUGAAAAAGAUUGAAAAUGCCAUUCAUGCAAGUCCUUACGGGAAGGCUUGCGAAACAUUUGCACAUCAAAACAUUUCAGCGGACUAUCCAAGUCUCAAUGGCGAUGAGGUUUUAAAUCAGUUUUUACAAGAAAAUGCUGAUAUAUUUUGGGAUCUUUUAUUAAAUGAUACAGACCCUGAUUCUCAUUCCUGA